AUGUUCCGGGCGCUGCGGGUCUAUAUGGGUCUAUAUGGGCCUGCGGCCGCCGUGGCAGCUCUGCGGGAGGGCUGUGAGGCCCAUCUGCUGGCUCUGCUCGAGGAAUGGGGGCUGUGCGCCCUCCAUGCCAAACGGGUCGCCGUCCGAGCCGCCGAUGUGAGCCUCGUGAAGUGCCUUCGAGUGAAAAGAGGAUGA